AUGGAGAUGGAGAAUUCCCCCUCCCCGUCUUCCGAUGAUGAUAGUCCAGCCUUGACUAUCAGAAACUCCAAGGAGAACCUCAAAGAGCACACUCCGCCGAAAAUCAUCGACUGGCCUCUUCACAAAGAGGUCAAAACCUUUCAUGACCGAAACAUCGCAUCAAACUUGAAAGAGCGAAAAUUGGGCAUCACUUGGAACAACCUCUCUGUGCAAGUCGAGAGCGCCGAGUCUGCAGUCAAAGAAAAUGUCCUCUCGCAAUUCAAUCUGGCUCAAAAGUGGCGCGACUUGAAACAAAAAGCACCCACAACAACAAUUCUGAGCGAGAAUCAUGGUUGCGUGAAACCUGGAGAGAUGCUGCUGGUUCUGGGUCGCCCAGGCUCCGGCUGUACAACCCUACUCAAAUUGCUUGCCAACACAAGGAAAGGGUAUCACUCUGUUGACGGCGAUGUAUUCUUUGGAUCUAUGGAGCACAAGGAAGCCGAGCGCUAUCGAAGCCAAAUCGUUAUGAAUACCGAGGACGAGCUAUUCUUCCCAACACUCACAGUCGAUCAAACCAUGACCUUCGCCUCUAAACUCAAGGUUCCACAUCACAGACCUGAUAGUAUGGGUGUUCAAGAGUAUCAGGAGCAUGUCAAAGAAUUUCUUAUGCAAUCAAUGGGCAUUUCGCAUACCUCUGACACAAAAAUUGGCAACGAAUAUGUCCGAGGUGUUUCUGGAGGAGAAAGAAAGCGCGUGUCAAUCAUUGAAUGUUUGGCCUCUCGGGCGUCCGUUUUUUGUUGGGACAACAGCACCAGAGGUCUUGAUGCUAGCACAGCUCUGGAUUGGACUAAAGCCAUUCGCACAAUGACGGAUAUUUUUGGCUUGUCAACGGUCGUGACUCUUUACCAGCCUGGAAACGGAAUCUUUGAACUUUUCGAUAAAGUCUUGGUUCUGGAUUCUGGCAAAGAGAUUUACUACGGUCCAAUGCAGGAAGCACGGCCUUUUAUGGAGUCCAUUGGUUUCCAUUGCCGUGAUGGAGCAAAUGUCGCGGACUUUUUGACAGGUGUUACCGUGCCUACUGAACGGGAACUUCUACCUGGCUUUGAGUCAAAGUUUCCCAGAACUGCUGAUGAAAUUUUGAAUCUUUAUAAGCACUCCGACCUGAAGCAGAGAAUGACCCUUGAUUAUGAGUACAACCAAACAGAGACUGCCCAUACAGAUACCGCCUCCUUUAUGGAAUCAGUUGUCCUCGAAAAGGAUAACGGCCUAUCUAAGAAAUCGCCUCUCACUAUAAGCUUCGCUAGACAGGUUAUGGCUUGUGUUAGUCGCCAAUAUCAGAUCAUCUGGGGUGAUAAGCCAACCUUCAUCAUCAAGCAAGGCUCGAAUCUUAUCCAGGCGCUGAUUGCUGGCUCUUUGUUUUACAACGCACCAGACACAUCUGCUGGGAUUUUCACCAAGGGGGGCGCGCUAUUCUUUUCGAUUCUCUACAACAGUUUGAUGGCUCUAUCUGAGGUGACAGACUCAUUCAGUGGACGGCCGGUGUUGGUCAAGCAUAAACACUUUGCUUAUUACCAUCCAGCAGCCUUCUGUAUUUCUCAGAUCACGGCCGAUAUUCCCAUCAUUCUAUUUGGAAUCACUAUUUUCGGGAUUGUGCUCUACUUCUUGGUCGGUCUCACAACCACUGUAUCUGCCUUCUUCACCUACUGGAUUUGCCUUUUCGCAAUCACUAUGUGCCUCACAGCAAUGUUCCGAGCUAUCGGAGCAGCUUUCACCAGCUUUGAUAGCGCAUCGAAGGUUUCAGGUCUAUUGAUAUCCGCCACCGUGAUGUACGCCGGGUAUAUGGUUGAGAAACCCAAAAUGCACGACUGGUUUAUUUGGAUUUUCUGGAUUGAUCCAAUUGCCUACUCUUUCGAGUCCUUGAUCAGCAAUGAAUUCCACGGCAAAAUCAUUGAUUGUGUAGGUGCGAAUCUUGUUCCAAAUGGUCCCGGAUACAACGACACGGCCUAUCAAGCUUGCGCUGGUGUUGGUGGUGCAGCGAGUGGAGCUGUCUCUGUCCUUGGAGACGAUUAUCUUAAGUCUCUGAGCUAUAGCCACUCUCAUGUCUGGAGAAAUUUCGGCAUUGUAUGGGCGUGGUGGGCUUUAUUCGUCGCCAUUACGAUCGUUGCAACUACCCUGUGGCAUGAUGCUUCUGAAUCUGGCUCUAAUGUUUUGAUUCCCCGCGAGCGACUAAGAAAGCAUCAAGCGGCCAAAAGUGAUGAAGAGUGGCAGUCGAAACGUUCUUCUCAUGUCGCUUCCACCUCUGACCGGCUUGAUGGUCAAUUGGUCCGCAACACUUCUGUUUUUACUUGGAAGAAUCUCACUUACACUGUGAAAACACCCUCGGGUGAUCGUGUCUUGCUUGACGAUGUGCACGGGUGGAUCAAGCCUGGAAUGCUUGGUGCUCUUAUGGGGUCUUCGGGGGCUGGAAAGACAACGUUGCUAGAUGUUCUGGCCCAGCGAAAAACAGAAGGCGAAAUUCAUGGAUCAAUCAUGGUGGAUGGACGACCUCUGCCUAUCUCAUUCCAGAGAUGCGCAGGCUAUUGCGAGCAGUUGGAUGUCCACGAACCAAAUGCUACAGUCAGAGAGGCUCUUGAGUUCUCGGCGCUCCUUCGCCAGUCACGCGAGACGCCAGCGGAGAAGAAGCUAGAAUAUGUCGAGACAAUUAUUCAGCUCCUAGAACUUGAGGAUAUUGCCGACACUUUGAUUGGGAAAGUUGGCAACGGUCUUAGCAUCGAACAGCGAAAACGAGUGACAAUUGGAGUUGAGCUAGUCGCCAAGCCUAGUAUCCUCCUAUUCCUCGAUGAGCCUACUUCUGGUCUUGAUGGUCAAUCUGCCUACAACACUGUCAGAUUUCUUCGAAAGCUUGCCGAUGCUGGACAAGCCGUGCUUGUGACGAUUCAUCAACCAUCCGCACAAUUAUUUAGCCAGUUCGAUACCCUUUUACUCCUAGCCAGAGGGGGUAAAACUGUCUACUUCGGCGAUAUCGGCGAUCAUGCAAACACCAUCAAAGAUUAUUUCGCACGUCAAGGACUAAUCUGCCCACCAAGUGCCAAUCCAGCAGAGUUUAUGAUUGAUGUCACCUCGGGUCAUUUAUCACAGGGAAAAGAUUGGAAUCAGAUCUGGUUAGAAUCGCCCGAGCAUACUCGAUGUGUGACAGAGCUCGACGAGAUUAUCUCUGAAGCAAGUGCAAAACCUCCUCAGACGGCGGAUGAUGGCCGAGAGUUUGCGACUUCUCUUUGGACUCAGAUAAAAAUUGUGACGCGUCGAAUGAACUUCGCUCUUUACCGAAAUACUGAAUAUGUCAACAACAAAUUGAUGCUACAUAUCAUCCUCGGUUUAUUCAACGGCUUCACAUUCUGGAAAAUUGGUCCCACUGUCGCAGGGCUUCAACUCAGACUUUUUACCGUGUUCAACUUUAUUUAUGUGGCUCCUGGCGUCAUCAAUCAACUCCAGCCUUUGUUUAUUGACCGACGCGAUAUCUACGACACAAGAGAAAAGAAGUCACGAAUGUAUAGUUGGGUUGCAUUUGUGACGGGUCUUAUCGUCUCUGAAAUCCCAUACCUCUGUGUAUCAGCUGUUCUCUACUUCCUUUGCUGGUACUACACUGUUGGAUUCCCUCACGACUCGAACAAAGCUGGAGCAACAUUUUUUGUGAUGUUGACCUACGAAUUCGUUUACACUGGAAUCGGGCAGUUCAUUGCUGCUUACGCACCAAAUGCAGUUUUCGCGUCCUUGGCAAACCCUUUGGUUCUGGGUGUUCUUGUUCAAUUUUGCGGUGUUCUUGUGCCUUAUUCCCAGAUCAAUGUGUUUUGGAGGUAUUGGAUGUACUAUCUCAAUCCGUUCAACUACAUCAUGGGAAGCAUUCUGGUGUUUACCAAUUUCGACUCCAAAGUUCAGUGCACAGAAAGCGAGUUCGCUGUGUUUGAUCCUCCUGCAAGUCAAACCUGCAAGGAAUACCUCGCGUCCUACAUGUUGAACAAGGGUUCAAGGACUUAUUUGGACAACCCCGAUGCAACUUCAUCAUGCCAUGUGUGUCAGUAUCGACGUGGCAGUGACUACUUGGCCACGAUGAAUUUGACUGACUACUAUGACGGCUGGAGAGAUGCUGCGAUUGUGGUGAUCUUUGCAAUCAGCUCUUAUGCCAUUGUGUACCUCAUGAUGAAACUGAGGACGAAGGCUUCGAAGAAGGCAGAAUAA